GAAAAUCGCUUGGUUGCUAGGAUACAGUGAAACCCAAACAGGAUCAUAAAUACGUCAGGUCUGGUCAGUUAAAAGUAAAAAUACAACUGCAAGUAAAAUUGUUAUUGACCAUCUCAUGUUUACAAAAAAAACAUCAUAGAAAAAUCAUAGCUAACAGAUUUCUAAUCGUUUUUCCGUGAAACGUGUGCAGCUUCUCUGUUUAGUAGGAGCUCAAGUAAAAUAAAUGGAUUGCAAAAUAAAGUUACCACGGGAGCUGAAAGCCAAAGUCAUGCUCUGGACAGAUGUAAGCUUCCACGACAUGGAGGUUAUCGAAAAAAGUCAGUCUAUUCCUGAUCUGGAGAGUGCAUUGUGCGGCGUGUUUGGGGUUGACCUCCCUGAACCAAAGAGAGGAGUUCUCCUGGAACUGUAUGUGGAGACUGUGCUUUUCUGCAGGCAGCACAGCUUCAAAAAAGAGCAAAUCUCUGCACUUCUGUCCAUCAUCAGGUCCAUCCAUGAGGCCAACACAGAAACUCCUCUAAACAACAUAGAACAGUGUGUCAAAUACAGCAAGGAGCUUUUGCUUUGUCACUCAGUCAGGCGGCCCCCCUUCAGCGUCAACAUCUUCAGCUUCCAGGAGGUGGAGAGCAUCCUGAAGUACAUCCACAACAACUAUUUGAGACACUACAAACUCUACAAGUAUAUCUUUACUCCAAAGGUCAAACUCGAUCUGUCACUGACAUAUUCUGGGACAUCAGACCACACAGUGGAGGGCUCCUCUGCACCAGAGGAAGAAGCAGAGACAGACGAGUCUUCCGUCACAGAGCAGGAUGCCGCCUCCACUGCUUCCACAGCAGACUUGAAGGCACUAGUAGAGCAAGAAGUCAGAAAGCAAAUGAAGCUCGUGUCAGGACAACUCGAUCAAACCAUCAGAGAAAAAGAAAAGGCCUUACAGCUGAAUGGGGCUUUAAAUUCCUCACAGCCCAGCCUCAAAGCUAAGAAAUAAUGGAAUAAGCGCCGGGAUGA